GUUCAAACAUGAAAGGGAGAAAACAAUUAGGCAAAGAUUUGACAAUUCAAUUCUCGAGAAGAGAGAGAGAGAGAGAGACUCUGGAGCAUGAAGAAAUGGUAAAACCCGCAGGCUUGGGCUGCGUUGCGUGUCCAAUUAGAUAGAAGAGGUGAGAGAGCAAAGCAGCCAUCGCGUUCUUCACUCUCCAGCUCUUUUCUAUCUGGAAGAUCAACGCAAAACCGAGUUACUGAACACGACAACGUCGAGCAUCAGCCACUGAUUAUCUCUUUUUAAUAACCCAUUAAUUAAUUGCUUAACUACCUUAUCACCAUUAUCAUCGACAACUAACCCCCCCUCAAGUCAACCGUCAACAAAUCAGAAUCAGUUUCUCCGGUUCAUCUCCCCCCUCCUGCUCUGAACAGGAAGUUCUCGAAUCAAUGAAUCCCAAAUUAGGAUUUGGGUUUCUUCUUCUACUGUUACUCUGCUACUCAAUCGACUCGAAAUGCAGCAAAGGAUGCGAUUUGGCUCUAGCAUCCUACUACGUUUGGCAAGGAGCUAACCUUUCAUUCAUCGCCGAAGUUAUGCAAUCAAGCAUCUUAAAAUCAACAGAUUUCGACACCAUUCUCAGCUACAAUCCUCAAGUAACAAACAAAGACAGUCUCCCAUCUUUCAUCAGGAUCAGCAUCCCUUUCCCCUGUGAAUGCAUCAACGGUGAAUUCCUCGGCCACUUCUUCACCUACAACGUCAGAAGUCAAGACACUUAUGGAACGGUCGCCGAUACAUACUAUGCCAAUUUGACCACGACUCCGUCGUUGAUAAACUUUAAUAGCUACCCUGAGGUUAAUAUACCCGAUAACGGAGUGCUUAAUGUGAGUGUUAACUGUUCGUGUGGGGAUAGCUCGAUUUCUAAGGAUUACGGCUUGUUUAUGACGUACCCGCUCCGACCCGAUGAUACUUUGGCGUCGAUUGCCAAUCAGACCAAUCUCACGCAGUCGCUGCUGCAGCGUUAUAAUGUUGGUUUCGAUUUUAAUCAAGGGAGUGGUGUGGUUUAUAUUCCAACCAAAGAUACAAAUGGUAGCUACCGGCCCUUGAAGUCGAGGAAUAGCAGGUGGCGUUGUCGCUGGCAUAUGCAUAGCAGUAGCCGUGGCACUGUUGUUGGCAUACCUGGAAGUAACUCCAAUAAACCUGUGGAUGCAAUUGGGUCCCAAGGUCUUACAGGUAUAACUGUGGACAAGUCUGUGGAAUUCUCUUAUGAAGAACUUGCUAAGGCCACUGAUGACUUUAGUCUGGCAAAUAAGAUUGGUCAAGGAGGCUUUGGGUCUGUAUACUAUGCAGAACUGAGAGGCGAGAAAGCUGCCAUUAAGAAGAUGGACAUGCAAGCAUCAAAAGAAUUCUUUGCUGAGCUCAAGGUUUUAACACAUGUUCACCACCUAAACCUGGUCCGAUUGAUAGGAUAUUGUGUUGAGGGUUCUCUUUUCCUUGUCUACGAAUUUAUUGAAAAUGGAAACUUAAGCCAACAUUUGCGUGGCUCUGAGAAGGAUCCAUUGCCAUGGUCUACGAGAGUGCAAAUUGCCCUUGAUUCAGCUAGAGGCCUUGAAUACAUCCAUGAGCAUACUGUCCCUGUAUAUAUUCAUCGUGAUAUUAAAUCGGCAAACAUACUGAUUGACAAGAACUUCCGGGGAAAGGUUGCAGAUUUUGGAUUAACAAAACUAACUGAGGUUGGAAGUACAUCACUCCCUACACGUCUUGUGGGUACAUUUGGAUACAUGCCGCCAGAAUAUGCUCAAUAUGGUGAUGUUUCUCCGAAAGUAGAUGUUUACGCACUCGGGGUUGUCCUCUAUGAACUUAUUUCUGCUAAAGAAGCUAUCGUCAAGUCAAAUGGUUCUAGUGCUGAAUCAAGGGGCCUUGUUGCUUUGUUUGAGGAUGUUCUUAAUCAGCCUGAUCCUAGGGAAGACCUUCGCAAAGUAGUUGAUCCAAGGCUCGGAGAAGACUAUCCACUCGAUUCAGUUCGCAAGAUGGCCCAGCUUGGCAAGGCAUGCACCCAAGAGAAUCCUCAGUUGCGGCCGAGUAUGAGAUCCAUUGUGGUUGCUUUAAUGACUCUUUCAUCCUCGACAGAGGAUUGGGAUGUUGGCUCCUUCUAUGAAAAUCAAGCUCUUGUCAAUCUAAUGUCAGGAAGAUAGAAGGCAAGGUCAUCACAUCUUUUGAAAUGAUUAUGCGAAUACACCAAAAUCUUUUCAUGUAGAUGUAUACAUAUAUCGUUAAUCUGUAAAUUUGAUAGUUGGAAAUUGAUCUGGAGGGAAUAUAAAUUGUAGCAUUAAUCAUUUGAUGAAUGCAUAAAAUUCCGAAUGGUGUAUUUUUUUUGGUUGAAAUCUGAAAUAUCAGUUCAUUCAUCAACUUGAAUGGCUUAGCUUA